AUGCGCGGAUCGAAGGACCGCGUGGAGGUGUUCAAGCUGUCGGAGAACCUCUGGUUCGCUGGAACCGCGCAGCUUCCGCCGAUCGAAGACGCUGUUAGUAGUAACGGCCCGCUCCCUCCACCGGGUGGAGACUCCGCUUCCGCGGGAGGCGGCGGGAACAGCGGCGGAGAUAGCAGCGGAAACCACAGCACCACCGCCGGCGAUUCCCGCGCGUCAUAUGCGGCGGACGACCCGCGCGACAGGGAGGCGCGGAAGGAGGAGCUGCUUGGGCGGAUUCGCGGCGGCGGACUCGACGAGAAGACGCGCGAGGCCUUGGCGGAAGCAGCAAGCUCCGCGGCGGCCGCCGCUGCAUCUGCGCCCGCCGCUGCGCCUGCGAGCGCGCCGGCUCCCGCUGUGGAUCCGCUCGGGCAACAGAUGGAGGAGCGAUUGGCGGAGGUGGGGGAAUUCUCGGCGCGCAUGACGGAGCUGAAACAAGUGGUGAAGCGGAAACCGGCGGUUGGGUUUCCCGCGUGCUGCCAUUGGUGGUUCUUUGCCCAACCAGCACCAACACCAGCCCACCUUCCGCCCAUCUUCCGCCCACCUUCCGCCCACCUUCCGCCCACCUUCCGCCCACCUUCCGCCCACCUUCUGCCCACCUUCCGCCCACCUUCCCCAACCCUCAUUCCAUUCCGCCCACCUUCCGCCCACCAGUUCUUUGGCAUGCUGCCAUGGGUGGUGGAGAAGAGGGACCCGUUCAAAGAAUCAGUAUUCGGAGACAACAUCGGUGACAUGACAUGCACGUAUGACCGCCAGUCCCGGCGCUUCUACCUCUCCACCUACUGGAGUUCAGGGGGUGGCAACAACACGUAUGACAAGUUUGGGCAGACGAGGAGGAGGGGCGACGUGACAGUUGGCGCAGGGAUGAUAGUGGCAGCGUCAACCACGGACGACCCCACACAGCCCUGGAACGUCUUCUUCAUUCCUGGCUCGUUCGUUCGCCUCCUUUUUGUUCUCAGCCUUUUCCCUCACCUUUCCUCACCUCACCCUUUCUCUCCAUUUUGCAACGGAGUUUCGGUCGCACCCUUUUUCUCACAUUUUCUCACUUCUCACCCUUUCUCACGUUCAUCCGCUGCUCUCCACAUGCCUCUUCCUGCAACAGCAGCCCCAUUCCAGACUGUUUAUAUCCCUGCUCUGUCCUUCUCACCUAGUUCCUCAAAUUCUCCUCUUCUCUUACUUUCCAUCUCCCUCUUUCUCCUCUCUGUUUCCUCCCUCUCCCCACCUCCUCACCCCACACCCCCCCCUCCCAGCAACGAUGGCAUCAACUCCAAUCCGGACUGGAGGGCGCCUCUCCACUCCCAGGGUUUAGGCACACUGUUCCUCCCUCAACCCCCCUCCGCCCUUUCCCCCCGCCUCAAACCCCCCUCCCAGAAACGAUGGCAUCAACUCCAAUCCGGAUUGGAGGGCGCCUCUCCACUUUCAAGCAACGAUGGCAUCAACUCCAAUCCGGACUGGAGGGCGCCUCUCCACUUCAACUCGUCUCGACUCACCACGUUCUUGGACUACCCUCAGAUCGGCACAGAUGCCUAUGGAUUUUACGUGUCGGUAAACCAAUAUUCGGAGUCAUUGGAGCAAGUAUAUGGGGCGGGCAUAUAUGCAAUCGCCAAGUCCCAGCUCCAAGCACCCGAGAAUGCCACCAUUCUCCGCUUCGUCGUGCCUUACACUGCGAGCGUUCUCAGUCCAUCCUACACCAUCUACCCUCAGAAGGUCGCUGCCGAUGGGGACUACGACUACCGCCACGGCGGCACCAUGUAUUUCGGAUGGACGGGAGUUAACCCCAACCGUGGUGCUCCAAACGAAACCGUGCUUAUCACCAACUUCACCACAGUGGGAGCCUUUGCUAUAACGGGUACAAGCGCUCUGGGAACCCCUGAAGCCGAGCGCUUGGUCGAACCCCACUGUGCGGCCGUCAACACUCCGCCGUUCUUCAUUCCCCGGCCUGUGGAGCAGAAGCCCGGGCCUGUUCCUACAGCUUGGCAGAUGAACAGUACGAUCAAGCCCAUCGGCCCUUCAGAGAUCGAUGCGAGAGGCGUGGUGGUGAAUCCGGAGAGCAGGCGCAUGUGGGUCAGCUUUAUGUCGGCGUUUGGCAAGGACAUGAGUGCUGCUGCCGUGGUGGUGAGGCUUCGCCUGUCCCUCCGGCCUCAGCGCAAGUGGCGCACGCUUCGGGUGUUUUUGGAGCGGUUCAAAGUGGUGGGGGUGGGCGGAGGGAACAGCCUCAUUCAGGGCACCAUCGCCCUCAACAGGCACGGCGUGGGCAUCAUAGCAGCAUCGCUGGCAGGGCGUUCCUUCUACCCCUCAGCUGCCUAUGCCACUCUCAACGCCAAUGUGGAUGUCGGCCGCGUCGUCAUUGCCGGCCCGGGGAAAGCGCCUCUCGACGACUAUACGGGGUACCGCGUUGGUGCAACGGAGAUGCGAUAUGGUGACUACAUGACGGCAACGGUGGACGAGGAGGGCAACGCGUGGGCGGCAGUGCAGUAUGUGGCGGGGCAGCCGCGCACCGAGUGGAGCAACUGGGCUGCCUUCGUCUUCAAAGUCGACCUGCAGGGGGGGGAAGGGGACGGGGGGGAACGGGGACGAUGGGGGGAAUGGGGGUAA